AUGGAAGAAUCGAUUUCAACCCUUCUAAAUGUAACAUUGUAAAAGGAAUUUUACUAACACUAAUCUAAGCAGAAAUCCUAGCAGAAAACCAAAAGCAGGUACGUUAGAAUCAAUUGUUUUCCAGCAGAGAAGAAAUUGCUAAUGAUAUAACAUUCCAUAACAUAAGUGAAUGUGGUAAGCUUUUAUUUCAACGUUCCAAUUCAUGUGAUUAAUCGAACAUCAGAUACAUUCAAAAUAAAUCAUUCCUAAUGUACAGGAAAUUUUUUUCUAAAUGUAAUUGUACAUUGCAAAACAUGUACAGUAAAUUAAUUGAUACGCAUUUGGUAUACAAACAACAAUUACAACGCGUAUGUAAUCACAUUAUAUUGGAAAGAAAAUAUUACGUAGAAAAAAUUAUUUUAAUGUAUAAUUAACGAUUAAGAUUAUAGCGUCAGGUUUGGAAAGUCAUGUAAAUCAUUCUAUUUUUAUAAUCACUUCUGAUAGUAGAAAUUUCAUCGGAACAUUAAAAAAAGUUUUGACCAAAUAAUUAAUAAUAUUAGAUGAGUCUUAUAAACAUGUGCAUAGUAUAACUCAAGAUGUAAAGAAAACAAUACUAGGUUUACGUAUUAUCACAGGUGAUAAUGUGACAAUUGUAAGAGAAUUGGAUUACAAAAUAGAUGCACACUUAGAUUUAUCUACUAUAAAAACUGAUCCUUUAAGUUCUAUUAUAUCCACAGAAGUCAUCGAAAGAAGACGUGGAAAAUUAUUGAAACUUAUAUACGACUCUACCAUGAUCCAUUUGCUUGCGCACGAUUCAACCUACACCAGCGCAGUGGCAAAAACAAUUGUUCAGCAAUCUUAGUCUGAGAACCACAAAGGGCUAAAUCUUUUAAAGCAUUUGAGUAGAGUUUAAAGAUGCUUGACUGUUGGCUACCUAAUAGGAGAAGAGGGAACAAGUGAAAUAAGAAGCUGUAUUGCACUCGAUGGUGUCGUUAAGUAGGCGCUUUGAUUUUGGAGCAGUUUCAAACACCAUGGAUUUCAAGAACAUCAACACUAAUAAUUGGUCACAGGAUUUGGUGAUUUAUUACAAAAGCUCACGCAUCAUCAAAAUUGUACUCCAUGACUGCGUUGUUCAGUAACAGAGCUAGCUGGAGGAAUUUGCGAUUAUGACAAACUGAAAAAAACUUCAGGAAUUAGGUCAAUUUUAAUAGUAACAUUGUUUCCAAACAUAUAUGAUUUAGAGUCUAUCUUUGCCAUGGAUUUUGAUCCUUCAAUGACGAUUUCCAUACUGUAGUUUCUUUAUAGUCAACUGAUAUCUAUAUUGUAUGAUAUCGUAUGAAAUGUCAAAUUUCUCAGACAGCGACCCUCUUAUAUU